UUUCCUGCGCAGAGGUGAUUUAAAGCUAUCGACGUUACUCCACAAACUCGUCUUGUUCGGGCCCGAUGGAGCGAUCAGCUGAGCGUCUUAUCUCCAUAAACCAGGAAUGAAUGACAAAAGCACGUAAGUUGGACCAUGGAGGGGAUUUUGCACAAGUGGACCAACUAUAUCAGCGGGUGGCAGCCUCGGUGGUUUGUGCUGGACGGAGGAACUCUGUCGUAUUACGAUUCCCAGGAAGACGCCUGGAAAGGCUGCAAGGGCAGCAUUAAAAUAUCUGUUUGUGAAAUCCAAGUCCAUUCCACUGACUCCACAAGAGUGGACCUGACCAUACCAGGGGAGCAGUACUUCUACCUCAGAGCCAUCAACCCUGCAGAGAGGCAGAAAUGGCUGGUGGCUCUGGGAACAGCCAAAGCUUGCCUUACAGACAACCGAACAAAAAGAGAAAAGGAACUCCAGGAAAACUCAGAUGCGCUGAAAACUAAGAUGUCAGAACUCCGGCUUUACUGUGACCUUCUUCUCCAGCAAGUUAACAAAAUCAGGGAAAAUGACGAGCCCGUAGAGUCGGGAGAGAGUGGCAUCGACACUGGAAACAUGGUGAAGUCUACAUGCACCACCUUCCUGAAGACUCUGGAAGAAUGCAUGCAGAUCGCCAACCGGACUUUCACGACAGACAUGGCGACACAGAGCCCUCCAGGAUCCCCUCCAGUAGCUGCAGUUAAACCUCAAAAGAUCAAGCCUGUACAUCAGAUCAGUCGGAGUACUGGAGAAAAAUUGAGAGACUCAUCAGAAAAUAUGACAGAAACAUCUGCUCAUGACAUCGGGAGACUGGAGGGACCAGAACAACCAGUCAAACCGGAGCUGCCGGCGCCUCCAUCAGACGUGGAUGCAGCCUGUGAAAACACCUCGGCUCAGGAAGGGAACAGUCUUCCAACUCUCACCGACGUCUCUGAGACUUCUCUCUCAGACAGUCCCGCAGACACGGUUUCAGAGAACGAAGCUCACAUGGAAAACAAGGGUGUUGAGCAGAGGAGCGAAAGAGAGGAAGAACGGGAGGAGUCUCCGGUCCAAGAGGAGGAACCCGCCAACCCAGAUGAGGAUGAUCCGGACGAUGAAGAGACUUUCAAAGACACGGCCGAGCCUGAGGACACUGAGCAGGUGGAAACUUUCUUCAGCACAAUGAGUCACAGAUUUAGUGAUAUAAGACUGGACGACGACAAUGGUAUCCCCACACAAGCCUUUUUGGAUUCAUGCUAUGCAAUAGUGCCUUUAUUAGACAAGCUGGGCUCCACUGUCUUCGCUCCGGUCAAAAUGGAUUUUGUGGGAAAUAUAAGGAAAAUCCAUCAGAAGAUGAUGUCGGACCCAGACAUCUACCCCACACUCCAGUCCAUCGUGCUCCACGAAGUGGAGACAGACGUGGCCCAGGUGAGGAACUCGGCCACUGAAGCUCUGCUGUGGCUCCGGCGAGGGCUCAAGUUCUUGAAGGAGUUCCUGUGGGCGAUCAACGGUGGCGAGCAGGACAUCCAGGGAGCCCUCAACGCGGCAUACGGGAAGACACUCCGUCAGUACCACGGAUGGGUCGUGCGAGGUGUAUUUGCAUUGGCGCUGAGAGCUGCUCCGAGUUAUCAAGGCUUCACUGCCGCCUUGGUGUCCACUGAAGGAGACGAGACAAAGAGCAGUUUCACCGAUGGCAUGCACAGGGACCUGGGCAUUUACCUGCCAGCCAUGGACCAGCAGCUGGGCAUCCUGGACGACCUGUAUGAGGAGUACAACCUGGAGUCAGAUGAGGUGGUGUAGGAUGUGAGGGAAGCUCGUGAGCUUCUGAUGGAUGGAUGAAAGAAUCAAGUCUUCAUUUUGUCCUGCAGUUUUAAAGGUGCCAUAGACGGUGUUGCCACUGCUCUCAUAUCAGGUUGUCAUGAAAUGAUUCAUUGCUAAACCCUCAGACAGACCUCAGUGGAUUUUGUCUCAAAUUUGAUUCUAAAUGAAAAUUCUAUACUGAAGCUGCACAACUGUCACAGGGGUCGUCUACUUUUCAGUGUUAGGCGGUCGCCAUAGUGCAGCUGUGCUGGGAUGAGUUUGCUCCUACACAAUGCCUCUGUCCUGAUUCGGACUGGACAAGUUUCACCUCACGGUGAAUCAAGUGUCACCAGGGCGGCGACGUUCUUGAGUUACCUUGUUGUUGUCCUCAAAACUUUAUUGAACAAUGUUGAAUUGUUGCUUAGCUCCACUAUCGGAUGUCCACUUAUAUCUAUGUUAGAUAAAUGAAGAAGAGAAAUGUGGGGUUUGUCAAUGCCACUGUGUGUUUUUCCGCCGCUCAAUAGAAGUAUAUUGUUAACCAACAGUUGCCCAUGAGAUGAUGCUCUCGGACACAGUAGAGAAUCUAUAUUUAAGUCCAAAAUUCUAGAUGGUGAGCUCAACAUGAUUCCAAAUCAAAUGUUCUGGUUGGGUCAGCUUCAGAUCCAGACUAUUUCCCAGGAGUGUCACAAACCCUCGGGUGGAAGGGUUGAUGCUUUGUGACGUCAUUCAUAUAUGAGUUGGGUCAACAGAGUUUCACUGUCGUCUGCCAUGGCGCACCCGAGUCUUCUGCGACUUACACAUGCCUUUUUGCAAGCUUGGAAGCACUAGCUGAAAGUGGAACGAUGGUUUCUCCCAACUGGCAUUUCCAAGCGCUCAUGAACUCGCCGGUGUAAAGAGUUAGUGUUACUGCGCCCCGUCGUCCCCCAUCGCCUCUGCUGCCUACAACAAUGCUGACUCGGCACAAAACUAUGCACAAAGAGGCAUUUUUGCAGCGUGUAAAUAUUAACUUAUGGAUCACGUGCAUUCACGUCGUGUUGGUUAAACUCACGGAGCAUGUUCUGCUAGCAUGUUGAAGGAACACGGAUGCUCACGAAUGUGGACAGUGAUGUUAUUUAAUGAAGUUGUUCUUCGGAUAGCUGAUCCUCAGCUAUGUUUUUCCGAGCCAAUCAAACAAGUUUUUUUAUUUAACCCAGCAGCCAGGAAGUGUUUUUUUUUUUUUUAUUCUGGAUUCUUGCAGGGGUUUUGCAGAUGUUGGUGCAAUAGCCUGAUGGCGUGAUGCCAACCUUUUCAUGGUGUUACCUGACGUGUUUUUAUAUAUAUUUGUGUACAUAAAACCGCAUU